AUGAAAGAUAAGAAGCCAAUAUCAAUAUUGACGGAUGGCGAUGAGGCGAUGCGUAAAGCCAUUGAUGAUGUGUUUCCCAUGUCUAACCAUCGGUUGUGCUCAUGGCAUGUGUCAAGGAAUGCACAGACUAACUUGAAGGAUGAUGAAUUGCUAAGAAAUUUUCAGGCAUGUCUUUGGGAACCAUUUGCGUUGGACGAGUUUGAGAAGAAAUGGGAGGUUUUGAGGGAAAGAGCGAGUACUCCAAAACAAAAAGAAUGGUUAGAAAUGAUGUAUGCAAAAAGAGACUCAUGGGCUGAAUCAUGUCUUAGAGGAAAGUUUUUCGGUGGUAUGUGCACCACUCAACGCGUGGAGUCCAUGAACAAGUAUGUCAAGGAUUACUUGAGAAAAGGCGUGAAGUUGUUUGAAUGUAUUCCAGCAAUUGAUAGGGCUAUGUUACGUCUUAGGAAUACCACGGCGAAGGAUGGUUUCAACGCAAAGUACUCAACACCAGUCCUUAAAACCGCAUUGACAAAACUAGAGCAACAAGCUUAUCUGAUUUACACGCAUAGGUGCUUUGUAUUGGUACGUGAAGAGAUCGAAGCUUGUUCAGCACUCAUUCAUGAUAAGGUGAUGUAUAAUUUUGGAGGUCGUGUAUACGUAUUGUCAAAAUAUGGUGAAUCGCAUAAUAAUUGGACUUGUGUUUACCACGGUGGGGAAAAUAUGCGGAUAGAGUGUGGAUGCCGGAAAUAUGAAAGUGAAGGGAUCCCGUGUUGCCACCUGUUUUAUGUAAUGAAGUGCGAGCACCUUACGGAAAUUCCUCCAACACUCAUAAUGAAGAGAUGGACAAAGAGUGCCCAAAGUGAUACAUGUACAGAAUGUUUCGACAAAGGCAAAGACACUACCAACGAAGGUGUAGAAAUGGCGAGGUAUGGAAGUUUAAGUGCUAUGUCAAACAAAGUAUGUUUUUAUGCAUCGAAGAGUGCAGAUGGUUAUGCCAUGUUGAGAAAUGAGUUUAGUAGAUGGGAGGGAAUUUGUGAAGGCUUACGGGAAAAGGAAGAAGAGACAAGUCUGAAAUUGGGUAGUGCUAGGCAAUGUCCUCCAAAUAUUGUCAAAGAUCCAAAGAUCGUUAGGACAAAAGGUAGUGAAAGCUAUCAGUAUAGUACUGAGAAAGUGCCGUCCCCGGACAUUAGCUACAGUUAUGCUAGUGAAAUGGGUUCUCAAUGCAAAGGCAACUAUGUGGUUGAUUUGUCCGGUUCUGAUAGUUUUUCUACUGCAGACGGAACGGGUUCUACCCCCAACACUGACGAUGGUUUCUCAUUCGACAAUGAUUUAGUGAUGGACAAGAUGCUUUCAUAUGAUUGA